GUCGCGCCGAUUCCUCGUUCCGUUCGAUCGUAUUCUCCGAAGACACCGAUUUGUUUCGCUCGACAGUUGACGACCUUAUUCGGCCUUGAAAGGCUUUUCGAAUGUUCACAAUCCAAAUCCGAAACGGACCUUCGUUGUUAUUUUUUCAAAGAUAUGGUCCUUGCGCGUUUCCUUUCCAUUCUGGCUCUCGGCGCGUCCGUUCAGCACGGUCGAGGAGGAGACGGGCACUCGCGCGACACCCGAGAAAGCGAUGACCCGGCGGUCUCUCGGGGUCGGGGCUGAGAUCACGUCCCGAGCGGAGGAGUUCGAGUACCUCGGGUGAGGCGAGGAGGAUGCGGCUGGAGAUCCACACGCGGGUCGCGGAGGCGCUGCCGACUCUGCGUCGCCGUCUGUCGGCGUAUCGGUCGAGCGACGCGCCUCCCUCACCCGCGGGCGCGAGCCGUGGCCCGCGGGCCAAAGAGCGAGAGCGCGGGACGGACGUCGCCCUCACGGUGCGGCGCCGUCUCGUCUUUUCAGCGGUGGUGGGCGCGGGCAUCGGGGGCAGCGCCGCGGCGCACUUCCUGCGGCAGCACUUCGGGCCCGACGUGCAGCUGGACGUGUACGAGAAGGGCGAGGUGGGCGGGCGCUUGGCCACCGUCACCGUCAACCGGAACCGCUACGAGUCGGGCGGCUCCAUCAUACACGCGCUCAACCUGCACAUGCACGACUUCGUCAAGCGGCUCGGGCUGAAGCAGCGGCGCGGCGUGGCGGGCAAGACGGCGGUGUUCGACGGCGCGUCGGUGGUCGCGGAGGAGACGGACUGGUACCUGCUGGACCUCCUGCGCCUGUGGUGGCGCUACGGCAGCAGCUUCAUCCGCCUGCAGAUGUGGCUGGAGGACAUCAUGGAGAAGUUCAUCAGGAUCUACAAGUACCAGGCCCACGGUUACGCCUUCAGCUCGCUGGAGGAGCUGCUGGAGUCGCUGGGCGGCAGCGGCUUCGUCAACAUGACGCGCCGGCCUCUCUCGGAUUCGCUGCUGGAGCUGGGCGUGUCCCAGCGCUUCAUCGACGAGGUGGUGGCGCCCGUCAUCAGGCUCAACUACGGCCAGAACGUCAGCGUGCCCGCCUUCGUAGGCGCCGUGUCGCUGGCGAGCGCCCAGUCCAACAUGUGGGCGGUGGAAGGCGGCAACAAGUUGCUCUGCGAGGGCCUGCUCGAGUUGGCCAACGCCAACCUGCUGAGGGCGCGCGUCACCUCCGUGAGGACGCUCCGCUCGGGCGAGGCGCUUCAGUACGAGCUGACCCUGGCGGGCGAGGGGCCGGAGCGCCGCACGGCGGCGUACGACGCGGUGGUGGUGGCGGCGCCGCUGCGGGCGGGCGCCGGCAUCUCCUUCCCGGACUGGGCGUCGCCCUCCGUGCCCGGCGAGGGCGAGUGGCAGGGCGCGGGGGUCACGCUGGUGCACGGCUACCUCAACACGUCGCUCUUCGGCUUCCGGGACGCGCGGCUCUUCCCGUACGCCGGCGUGCUGACCACGGCGGCGCCGGCGCUCUUCUUCAACAGCGUGGCCGGCGUUUAUCCCGUGGAGGUGCCGCCGGGCUUCCGCCGCAAGCGGGCGCACGAGGCCGCCGUCUACAAAGUCUUCUCGCCCGCCGCGCUCACCGGGGAGCAGCUCAAGACGCUCUUCAGGUCGUACUACUCGGCGCAGGCGACGGAGUGGCGGGCGUACCCUCGCUACGGCAGCCGGCCGGCGCGCAUCGAGUGGGCGGGCAGCGCCAUGGAGAUGAGCGCCGUGGCCGCCAAGAACAUCGCCCUGCUGGCCUACCGCCGCUGGAACGGGCGCAGUCUCCAAGUGAACCGCGAGGACCUGCUGCGCGCCAUCAAGACUGAACUCUGAC